AAAAAACACCCUUUAUCGAAAAAAUAUCUCAGGAGAGGGAGAGUAUAGAAACCCUUGACACAGAUGGCUCGGUAACUCCAUUCCAUGCGGUUUCCCUUCCUGUGUGCGAAAAGGGAGCAUGUGAUGGCCAUUAGUGUUUUUGAUGGCUCGAAAAUUGUCUCUGAACCUGCUUAUUCCAAAUGAUUAUGACUUAGAGCCAUCUGAAAUAACCACUAUUAUCAAUGGUUUUUGUUUGAAGACGUCUAGAAUAAUUAUCAUUGUAUCGAAAGAGUGAGUCACAACUAUGGCAUGUAACAAUGAUAAUUAGGCGCAGCCACGGGCCAAGCAUUGGCUUUUGUUUGAAGACGUCUACAAUAAUUAUCGAGUAAAUAGCAUAAAACUAUCACUUUUCGUGCUAGGGUUUCAAAAAACCACCACUUUUUUGUUCGUGACUGAUACCUACCACUUUUCUCGUGGGCUGUCUCAAAAAACCCAAAUCGCGCGUUGCUAGCGUUUUAAACCGUUUUCUGACGGUCCGGGCCCGCCUGUCAGGCCACGUCAGCGCCGCGCAUGACGGAGAGGCCGGUAACGGCCGUUACUCGGACCGACCGGUGCGGUCGGACCGCACCCGCUCGUGCACUCAUUAAGUGGUCUCCCUCCCUCUCACUGUGCUCCCCUACCCGCACUCAUUCCUCUGCUCUCACUCUCACUCUCUCGCUCCUCUCCUCUCUGCUCUUCGACGCCGGCGGCGACUUGCGCUGUGGAAGCUCCACCGCCGCCAUGCCUUCCUGGAAUGACGGGGAUACAAGCUCAGAGGAUGAGUGCGACAUCACAAGCAUGGACAUGGCUCUUUGGGAGACCCCUGACACCACCGUGGAGCCUCUUUUCUGUGGCCAGCUGGAGCUUUCUGAACCCACCUGCAUGAUGCACCACAUGAGGCCAAUUAAGUGUGUGGCCUUUGAAGGAACCUUAACUGGAAGGCGUUUUUAUGGUUGUCCAGUGCAGCAGGAAUAGUACCUUAAUUGGAAUCAUUUUCUUCUGAACCCACACAUGUAUUUACAAGGAUGACAAGUUGCUGUUCUGAACCCACACAGUAUUAUGUUAACAAGUUGCUCUUCUGAACCUACACUGUAUUAUUUAGGAUGAACUGCAAUAUGCCUUGUAUUAAGGUAUUGAUGGAUAUGGUUACUAUCAAAAAUGCUUAUGUAUAGGAAGCAUAUAUCU